CCCGAGCAACACUACCACAUCUCCAAUGACAAGCGCUAUUCCAUUGCACUUGACGACUUUCUUUUCGAGAACAACGGAGAUCCAGCAUGUGAGAACUUCACAUGGGAACUCAAGGCGCAUCUGUUCCGUCGGUUGCCAGGCAACGAAGGGCUGUCACCAGACUAUGAGCUCACGCUGGAUGACAUCGUCUCCGUGAGGAUUGAGCGCAACAAGCUGUAUCGGCACAAAGUUCUUCGCGUAAACUACACAACGUACGACAUGCGACACGAUCAAGACUCCAUCAAUUCACGGACACACCCCAAUGUCAUGAUGCUCGCCCCCGAAGGUUCAGAUCAUCCAUACCUCUAUGCGCGGAUCAUCGGCAUAUUCCACGUUGAAGCCUACCGAGCAGGUGAG